AUGCGGGAGUAUCAGGCGGGGAAUGUGAGGCAGGCCGUGGUGCUAUUGAAGGCAGGUAUAGGCUACAGCUGGUUCAAUGGUGUGCUAAACUGGCCAGUGUGCCUUCUCCGGGAGCGCCUUUCGUUCGUCCGGCAGUUGUCCAGUGCCGAUGCAACCAGAAAGGCGCAGGCGCGAGCCAACCGGACGCCUGAGCAAGUGGCGGCGGAUCGAGCGGCAGCUGCAGCGCGAUGGGCAGAUGCCGAGAUGAAGUCCGCGGUACAGGCACACGGCUACCGGUUUGGUGACAUCCCCAACAUGCACCAGUUGCGUGCAGAUGUUUGGAGGACGCUGGCAGUGGCGCGUCCAGCUCAAGUCGUCGCAUGGCUACCAGUGGCAGCCGCACCAGGGGGCAGAGCACCACCACCGCCUGAGCCAGCUUUGCCGUGGGGCUUCCGAAAGAUGUGGCUCAAUGGGCAUUCUACGGAGAAGACGGGGCUCACCAAGCGUCCUGGUACGACAGGGGACUCUGGUGAUUCGGAUGACCAAGAGCACCGCCAGCCCACCCAGCAGCGCAGUUCGUUGCAACAGGCGCGGGACCAUUUGGGCAACACUGGAGCAUAUGGCUUCCCGGAGGACUUUCCGCCGCAUGAGGCGGGCCCAUCUAGUCUGCCACGGCGGCGUCGGCGUGAGACGGAUGGUGUUGACGACGAGCAGGAGUCUAUUCUUUCCGAUGAAGAAGCGGAAGUGGAUGCGACACGGCUACAAGAUGCAGACGGCCAGCAUGAGGAAUGGAUGCUCCCUUCGUGGCCGCCACGACCUGGCAUGGAGCCACGGCUGGAUCCCACUGCUCUGGGUGUGUGGCUAGUGCCGUACUGCAUGCGCAUGGAGCACUCUGGGGAGAAUUGUACGGUGCACACCAACGAGGCUGGCGACGACAUCAUCAUGAUGUGCAACGACUGCAUUCAUGCCUUGGAACGCAGAUGCAUCCCGGAGGCUGCUCUCGCACGCUAUGAUGGUGGAGACGUGCCGGAAAUCAAUCAGGACGGGCAGUGUCUGGAGUGGCCUACCGUGCUGGAAGCCAACAUACUGGGGCUGGGCCAUGUGCAGCAGCAGAUCUACACGCUCAAGGUCAAGAACCGGCCGCCUGACUUGCAGCCCAUCGCCGUCACAAUGCACGGGAUAGCCGUGGCGAACCCAUCACUCGAUCAGUGGGUGGACGCCAUCCCACGCUCUGCUGCGUCGUUGCCGGAGAACAUCACCGUCCUCUGCAUGGAUGUCGUCAGCAGCAAGGAGGAGCUGCUAGAAAAGCUCAAGAGCGCCAAGGUGUUGUCCGUCCGAGCAGCUAAUAUUGUGGCCUGGGUCAACUACCUCAGCAACCUCACCUCCGAGAGGCAUAUCGAUGACCAAGCGAUGCAGGAGUGGCAGGCAAUGGACCCAGAGCGUCACGUGCCGCAGUCCAUCAUCCGCUCCACUGUCGCUCCGACAGAUCCCAACAUCGCCACGCUCCUCACCAACACCUCCUUCCAUGACCACACGGGGGCCGCAGCCGUACGCCAGCACCCGUCCAUCAUGCAGGACCCCAGGCCGGAGGCUCUCGUCGCCACCGUCACUGCUGCCCCGUCUGCUCAAGCGGACAACACACCGGAGGAUGCUGGUCUCGAGGAGCUCGAAGUUCUGGUGCCUGUUGUCCCUGACACACCUGUGCCGGGAUCAGGUGAUGAUGCACGAAACCCGGUGGAGCUACACCGUGAGCUGACAGCGGAGCGCCGGCUGGUCUUUGCGUCUGGGGGCCGUGGUUCUAAGAUCCUGGACUACUCCCGGGAAGACGUGCUUGCCAGCAACUUCCCCACCGCAUUUCUGUACGCCGAGGGCGGCCUCCGUCCCCUGGGUAUGAGCAACCGGAACUUCUUCCAGCAUGUGUCCAUGCGUGUGCCACGGCGGCAGCUCAGCGGCAACCUCCUCAUGCUCGCCCGCAUGGUGGACGUGCUCAACAUGGAGGAUGCAAAAGCGCAGACGUGGGUUACAGUGAAGAGCUGCCAGCAGGACAUCGACGCGGUGGGCGCCAUCCCGCGAGAGGCUGUCAAAGCGAUGGCGGACAUCCUGGCAUUGCCGAAGAUGCACCUGGAUCGCCGCCGCCUGCUCCAAGACACGUCACCUCUCGUGCACACCCUCAUCACCUCUCUUUGUGCGGCUGCAGUCGUGGCCGCUGGGCAGUUUUUGGAAUUUGGCGAGGACGGCGCUCUGUUGCGGGAGGAGUGUGUCAUGGACAAGUGGCGGCGGGUGCGAAACAACCCCUACACCAGCCAAGCACUCCUGAACACGGUUAAGCUCGCCUUCAUGGACAUCCUUUUUGGUUUCAAACCUGGCGACAAGCGGCAGAGCAACCCCGACUGCUUCUGUGGCACCGUUUUCCACAUCUGCAUCAAGCCAGAUGGAUCCAUGCCGGCGCCCACGUAUGAUUUCGCCAUUGUCGCCCGUGGCAAGCCGCGUGGGACCGGGGGCGUGGAUGGAGACUGCGGCAUGGCCUACCCACGCCACAUCCGGUGUGAGUUCAACCCCAACAUUGUGCCCCAUUGCCCCGCUGUCACAAUGGCGCUGGGCUGCAACAACAUCUUCAUGCUGGCCUGCGAGCUCGACCGUCAGUACACCACAACAGUGGAGGAACAGCUUGUACUGCCGGUCCCCAUGCGUGAUCCCGAGGUCCUGGAGGAUAUCCUUGUGCAAGCAGAGGUUGUGGCCCACCAAACCACGCACUAUGCCACCAAGUAUGUCGCCAAGGCCACGUCGCAGUGCCCACACUCCACAAAGAACCCCCUCAAUGUCCACACCCUCGACGACCAGGGCAGGGAGACAGUCCUCAGGGUGCGAUGUCGCAACGUCCCUCUCGGAGACGCCUAUGCUGUCACGGACUUCUUCGUCCAGGGGUGCAGUUUCAAGGAUGACUGCUGGACCGUCGACCUCUGCCCACCGCCAACUGGCAUCAAGUGUGCAUGCCUCUUUGUCAUCCUCACGCGCUACAAGUCCAUGGACCAUAUCCGCCUCCUGCACCCGCUCUACAACAACGCCUAUGAGAAGGCACAGGUCAUCAAGGCGUUCACCAAAGCAGCCACCAUCCACCCGGACCUCGACGCAGAAAGCAAACUCCAGACCGCUGCUGCACAACGUACCCGGGAACGACACACAGCACUCUUCCAGGAAGCACAGCGACUCGUCGACAGCCGGACCACGAACCGCCCACCACCGCGCUGA